AUGUUCAUUUCGUUUUUCACUUUAAAAUUGGAACGCCGCGUCAUUGGCUGGGGUGUGAAGGCUCGACGCCGAUUGGCCGACGCGAGGGUGGCUGGCGAGACGACGGACCAAUGGGGAUGCGGGACCAGACGUGCCCUAUCUUCCGAAGGGUACCUAGGGAUCUGUUUGCGUUGCGUUUUAGCUGUUUGUCAAUUUAAUUGA